AUGGCUGAUUGCUGCCUUCAGAGCCGCCCUUGGAACAACUCUAUAAUUUUCUGGCACUAUAUAACUGAGCUUACUUCUGUCUUUGGAACAGAAUUUACGGAUAUCUGGAGUACUUCCACAAUGGAGAGGAGCUUAGUGAUCUUCUUGGUGUUCAUCAUGGCUUGCGCUUUAGUCCAGGAAUCGAGUGCUGCCAUGUCAGAAGCGCAAAUGAAAGGUGCUAUGAAAACAUUACGAAAUAUGUGCAUGCCCAAGAGUGGAGUUAGUAAAGAAGCUUUAGCGAGUAUGAAGGAAGGACAAUUCGACGACGAAGACAGAAAGCUUAAGUGCUACUUAGGAUGUAUUAUGAACAUGAUGCAAGUUGUGAAGAACGGAAAGAUUAGUAUGACUAUGGUGAAGAACCAAAUAAUGAAAAUGGUGGAUCCUACUUGGGGUGCUAAGUUGGUGGCAACAUUCGAAUCAUGUGCUGGCGUUGAAGGUACUGACAACUGUGACCUCGCAUACAAUUUUGGCAAGUGUGUAUACGAAACUGAUAAAGACGCAUUUGUAGUUCCUUAGUGUUUCAAAAACCAUCCAAAUAAAUUGCGUACGAUUCACGAAGCUUGGAGCUCAACAACAAACAUUGGCAACAAAAAAACAACAUAUUUUCAGACCGUUUCACUUCACUUCAUUGUAAAAAAUAUUUAAUGUACCGUUGCUUCAUUCUUAUUCUAUUGAUUAAUUUAAUAAAUAUAUU